AUGGACCGUUCUAACAAGCCCGCCGCCAUCGGCGUAACCGCAACCCCGCCCCAACCGACAAUCUCCCUUGCCAACAACGUCGUCCAAGCCAACUUGCCCUCCGGCGAAUCCGUCACCGUCAACCUCCACGGCGCGACAGUAACCUCCUGGAAAACAGCAAACGGCACAGAACAGCUAUGGCUCAGUGAAGCUGCUAUCCUAGACGGAUCGAAACCGAUCCGGGGUGGAAUCCCCGUUGUGUUCCCUGUCUUCGGACCCCCACCCCCAAACCACGCCACAUCCGCCCUUCCCCAGCAUGGCUUCGCGCGCUCCUCCCUUUGGGAAUUCCUCGGAAAGUCUUCCUCCGAGUCCUCCGGCAGCGCCGCCGCAGACGACACCGUGAAGCUGGACUUCGGGCUGUCUUCCGCAAUGCUCACCUCCGAUUUUCAGUCGAAAUGGCCACACGAGUUCGGACUAGUCUACAGUGUUACACUUUCGCCGGAGGGGCUGGGAACUUCGCUGCAGGUGCGGAACCAGGGAGAGCAGAGCUUUGAGUUCCAGGUGUUGCUACAUACUUACUUCGGCAUUAAGGAUAUUUCUCAGAUUCACGUCAAGAACCUGCAGGGGAAGACAUACAUCGACAAGGUGCAAAACGCAAGCUCUCAUACCGAAUCCGCCCCCUCCAUCAAGUUCAGCUCUGAAACGGACCGCGUGUACAAGGACCUUGACCCCACAGUUCCGCUCGUUAUCGCGUCUACAUCAUCAGGGCAGGAGAAGGACCUGUUCAGCAUUACGCGUGAAGGGCUAAACGACGCAGUCGUGUGGAACCCAUGGAUUGAGAAGGCAAAGGGCAUGGGCGAUUUCAGCCCCGAUGACGGUUACAAGAAGAUGGUUUGCGUGGAGGCCGGUGCUGUGAAUGGUUGGCAGACUUUGGAGGCCGGGGAAUCCUGGGAGGGUGGCCAAAGUAUUAAGCUCGGAGGCAACUAG